AUGGCCUCAACUGAUCCUUUUGCCCAAAACGUCACCUUCCAUACUGGCGAUGGAACCCCCUUCGAGGUGAACGUGCAGGAAAUUGACACAUUCUUGCAGUACUGUAUUCAGAUCUGCACCAACUAUGGCGCCCAGCUCGGAGCUUCCAUCGUGCUCUUCGUCAUCCUCCUGCUCCUGACCAGACCCGAGAAGCGCAGCUCCAGCGUCUUCAUCCUCAAUUGCGCUGCACUGCUCUCCAACGUCGGCCGUCUCUUUUGCCAGAUCUUGUAUUUCACUACCGACUUCGUGAGAGUGUAUGCCUACUUCUCCGGAGACUUCUCUCGAGUGCCAACCUCCGCAUACGCCAACUCCGUCAUCGCAGUGGUAUUCUACACCAUCCUCGUGAUAUGCAUCGAGGCCUCGCUCGUCCUGCAGGUCCAGGUCAUCUGUGCGAACCUCGGUCGUGUAUACCGACAGGUCCUUCUCUCACUGUCCAUCGUGGUUGCACUGAUCCCAGUCGGAUUCCGUAUGGCCAUGAUGGUCGAGAACGCCAUUGCAAUCAUGGCAGCCGAAAGCAGCAUUCCUCUCAUCUGGCUUCAAAGUGCAGAGAACAUCACCGCCACAAUCAGCAUCUGCUUCUUCUGCGCCGUCUUCGUUGCCAAGCUCGGAUUUGCCAUUCGUCAGCGCCGCAGACUCGGCGUGCGAGACUUUGGCCCAAUGAAGGUCAUCUUCAUUAUGGGUUGUCAGACUCUGGUCAUUCCAGCCACCUUCUCAAUCAUCCACUACAUCGCCGCCGUCCCGGCUCUAUCCUCCAACGUGGCCACCCUAGUCACCAUCUCCCUUCCCCUCUCCUCUAUCUGGGCUGGUGUCGCCUUGACCAAAGUCUCCUCUGGCGCUGGCACUGGCUCUGGCACCGGAUCUGGCUCGUCAGGCCGCAAUCUUUGGAACGUGCUCUCCUUCCCUGUCUGGGACAGUAGAAACACUACCAGUACUACUACCUCUUCCUCGACGCCAACUGUGAAUCCAGUCUCAACCUGCUACGCGGACAAUGGUUCCUCUAAGCAGUGCAAGCAGCAGACUAACACUGAAGAAAUUGGCAUUACUGUCGAACAUGAGAUCUCAGUGCAGAGCUUCAAGAGGGAAAAGGAUAUGGUUUGA